AUGAUGGCAUCCACUUCAGCCCAACCACCGCUUGAGGAAGAAGACCAAUAUUUUUUACAAUCGAUCCCGUUAUUGCUUUUCCAGUUCAGGAUUUACAAACUGGCGUUGACUGGAGGACCGUGCUCAGGAAAGACGACCGCCUUGAAAAAACUCGCCUCUUUUUUCAGAAAUUUGGGAUGGCUUGUUUAUACUGUUGCAGAAGCAGCUACUGUUCUUCUAGGAGGGGGAAUCAAAUUCUCGGAUCUCGGCGAAGACCAAGUAUAUGGCUUUCAACAGGAUCUUCUUGCCACGAUGUUGCAAAUAGAGAGGACAUACUUCAGACUGGCAGAUUCAUUCAAAAACAAAACAAAUGUCUUGAUUAUCUGCGACCGGGGUGCAAUGGAUCCUUCUGCUUAUUGUUCAACUGACGACUGGAUCAAUAUGCUCGACGAAUUGAAACUCAACCAAGUUGAUCUCCUAAGCAGCCGAUAUGAUCAGGUAGUACAUCUGGUCACUGCCGCCAUUGGAGCUGAGGAUCAUUACACAUUGGAGAACAACGAGGCAAGAAAUGAGAAUCUUCAGCAUGCAGUAGAUCUCGACCGGAAAACGAGAUCAUGUUGGAUUGGACACCCAAAUUUCAGCAUCAUCGACAAUAACGUUGCAAGUUUUGAUGAGAAAGUCAACAAGCUUAUUCAGAUUGUUUGCGACCGCAUUGGAAUCCCAAGUCACGGUGUUGCUGAAGGGUCAAUGAAAAGAAAGUGGCUUGUGGAAAACGUCGACUGGAACAACUUUGGAGUAUUUGAGGAGUUCGAAAUCGAACAUUUUUAUUUGGUGUCCACUGACGCUAAAGUUCAGCAACGUGUUCGUCGUCGCACUCAAAACGGUCAUUGUACGUUCACAUUGACCAGUCGUGAAUACCAGAAGACAUCGGAUGACUACACAGAGACGAGGAAGAAUAUGAAUAAGGAAGAAUUCAACACACUCCUGAAAAUAAAGGACAAUGCAAGAUCGUCGAUUUUUAAGAAUAGAAGAUGUUUUAUUCAUGGAUCUCUCUAUUUCAAGUUGGAUGCCUACUCGGACCCAUUUCCUCCAAAAGCGAAUGGAAUCCCCUUGGUCUUCUUGGAAACACUCACUACUGUCCCGAGAGGAACCGAAAUCGCAGAAGAACUCAUGCCCCCUUUUCUGGAAAUUCGAAAGGAGAUCACCGGAGACCCACAAUACUCCAUGCACUCAUUAUCCGAGUAUCCAGAGGAAUAA